CAGGGAGCACAUGAUCUCACCUGCACGGAGAGCUGCGGCCGGGCAGUAGUGUCACCUGAAGCCCAGGCUGCCGCCUCCCACUCCGCUCCCAGAGCAGGAAGCGCCCCGCCCACCUCUCCGUUCUGCUUUCACAUCCAGCUUCUGCUUUUUCUGGUUGUUGUCAACAUUUCCAUCGCAGUGUUCAAUGUGUUUUCCCCGGUGCCCUUCGCUGCAGUGCGGCGUCCUGCUCCGCGGUGCGUGCGGCGGUAUGGCUGCUGGGAGAGACACCUAGGAGGGCAGCAGGUCUAUGGGCGGCCGAGGGAUCGCUUCCCCCUGAGCAGACAGCAGGUGAGAGCUGGGCCUCCGCUCCCCGGAGAAGUGCAGAAACAAUAUGACAAUGCACUUGUUCUAUCUCACUGCCAUCCUGGUAUCAUAACCACCCACUGUGAGGCACGUGGACAUGAAUCCUCAUCCCCGGCGAAUUCGUCUAAAGCCUUGGCUGGUGGCACAGGUGGACAGUGGGAAUUACCCAGGGCUGCAUUGGGAAGAUCAGGAUCGCAAGCUGUUCCGCAUCCCGUGGCGUCAUGCAACCCGACAUAUUCCUAUACAGGAGGAUGAGAACACCAUAUUUAAGGCUUGGGCCAAGGAAACUGGGAAGUACCAAGAAGGGGUGGAUGAACCCGACCCAGCAAAGUGGAAGGCUAAUUUGCGCUGUGCUCUAAACAAAAGCAGAGAAUUUAAACUGCUCUACGAUGGUACAAAAGAAACACCAAUGCAGCCAUUCAAGAUUUAUCAGCUAUGUGAUCUUCCAGUGCAAAAUGAAGAACCUUUACCUGAUGACAAUGGAUGUGACGACGAGGAGGAAAUUGAUCACAUUUUUCCAAUGCUUGAUAUAAGCGACCCACUUCCUCCCUACAUUUGGCCCAAACCUGAGCCAAGUUUCAGCUCCUGCCCAAACCUCAUACAGCACAACCUGAGACCAACAGAUCCUGCUGCAACACCAGCUGCUCCUGGAGCAUACUCUGGUGUGGAACUGUCCCCCCAAGGCUUGGUGUCACAGCCUGUAGUUCUACCUCUUCCAGAACUGGUUCCUGCAAGGGGCCUUGAGUCAUCACAAAAUGCAGCUCUUCCUAUACAGGGGGUGAUCCCAGCACCUAUUGAGCAGGGAAUUCCAGAGUUGCUCAUCAGUCCACAGAUGCUUCCAUUGACAGAUCUGGAAAUAAAGUUUUUAUAUAGAGGGAAGCAAGCCGGAGCAAUGACUGUGAGUAACCCUCACGGCUGCCGCCUUUUCUACAGUAACCUUGAGCCAACGCCAGAACAGGUGGAGCUGUUUGGACCGACUACACUGGAACAAGUUCGGUUUCCGGGAACAGAUGAGAUUAGUAAUGAGAAACAGAAGUUUUAUACUAAUCAUCUUCUUGAUGUGAUGGAUCGAGGACUCAUCCUCACCCUGCAAGGACAGGAUAUCUAUGCCAUUCGCUUGUGCCAAUGCAAAGUUUUCUGGUCUGGACCAUGUGCAACCAACAUAAGUGGACCCAAUCCUAUAGAAAGGGAGAAGAGGAUCAAACUUUUUAGUCUGGAGACCUUCUUAAAUGAGCUUAUUGCCUGUCAGAAAGGACAGACAAACAUGCUGCCUCCAUAUGAGAUAUUCUUCUGCUUUGGGGAAGAAUGGCCAGACAAAAAACCGAAAGAGAAAAAACUCAUCACUGUACAGGUCAUUCCUGUGGCUGCUCGCUUGCUAUCGGAAAUCUUCACAGGGGAAUCCUCCUGGUCAGCAGACAGUAUAAAACUCCAGAUCUCACAUCCAGACUUAAAGGAUAAAAUGGUAGAACAGUUUAAGGAACUUCAUCAACUAUGGCAAAGCCAACAGGCCCAAUUAAUGGUCCCAGAGAGAGGAGGAUCAAAUCCUGGUGAUGACCUAGGCUCUGGACCAUGGCCCAUGCAUACUGGAAACAUGCAGUGAUGUUAAUACGCUUACAUGUGCAGAUAAUGAGUCAUAACUUAUAGAAUUUGGCAUAACAAUGGAGUAUACCGAAUAUGAGUCACAAACAAUUUUUUGUUGAAAUUAACUUAAGAUGCUGUAGAAAGUCAGUGGUCAACCGUGUAUGUGCACAAGUUGAUUUCGGACAACUUUGCCGGUUUAAGUCAUUUUAGUUGAUUUUAAAUACAACAUGGACAGACUUACUAUACUGGAAGCUAAAGUUGAGCUAUCGAAUGUUGCUUCGGUUGCAGGACAUCUCAGGAAUAUAAUUCUUACACAUCAUGUUUUAUGUGGAUUUACCAUAAUAGUAGCUUAUCUUUUGUGAACAGAGUCCACAACUAUAAUUUAAAUUGUCCCCUGGCUUGUGUGAUCUGUUCAUGUACAAUGGAAUGGUUUGUGGAAUAUUUUGAAUUUAUUCUAUUUUUUUUUUUUUGUAACUGGGAUUCAUAUAACCCUGUGCUACAGUCAUCACUUUUACCAUUGAAAUAUUUUUUAGUAUGCUGCAUUGAUUCUAAACAAGGUUCUAGAGCUGUGCGUGUAAUAUGGAAGAGGAACAGAUUAUUUGCUUUGGGCUAUUGUUUCUAUUUUCACUUCUGUAUUUUGGCUUAUUGGACAUUUCCAAAGAAUGUGUUUCAUCUUGCAUUAAAACAGAAAAUAAAUCAUGUUUAUAAAUGUAUUAUCUUCUUACAUGCUAACUAAAAACAUAAACUUGCUUUUUCUAUAUAGUAUUUACUGCUGUGUUCAAUAAACCAUAAUGCUGGACAUAUAA